AUGAAGCCCGCCGUCAGCGAGACCGUUGGAGACACCACAGCUACGCAAGAGACGCCUGCUGUUGGACAGACGCCCGCCGUGGGAGAGAAUGGAGCUGCCAACCCCGCUAUUGGAGAGCCGUCUGCUGUGGGAGAGACGCCCGUCGGGGAAGAGAAGCCGCCCGUCGUGGACGACAGACCCUCUGUGUUGAUCAUUGGGGGACUAGGAUACAUCGGCCGCUUCCUCGCCCUUCACAUUCACCAAAACAACCUCGCAUCUGAAGUCAGACUCGUCGACAAACACCUCCCCGAGCUGGCUUGGCUGGCGCCCGAGUUCAAGGAAGCAUGCUCGCGCGAGAAGUUCAUGCAGGCCGACGCUUCACGAGAACAAUCCCUACAGCGCAUCUUCGAUCGACCGAGCGGCAAACAGUGGGACUACGUCUUCAAUUGUGGGGGUGAGACUCGCUACUCCCAGGAAGAUGAGGUAUACCGUGUACGUUCCCACGCUCUGUCGCUUGCGGUAGGCAAGGAAGCUGCGAAGCGUGGUGUCAAGGUCUUCGUCGAGAUGAGCACGGGAAUGCUAUACAAGCCGGACAGUGUGCCGCGAAAGGAGACAGAUAAAUUGAAGCCCUGGCUCAAGCUCGCAAAGUGGAAGCUCGCAGCGGAAGACGAACUGGCCAAGAUUGAGGGACUGAACCUCAUGGUGAUGCGUAUGGCGCAUGUUUACGGACCGUAUACCAGCAAAUUUAUCUCCACGGCACUGUGCAUGGCGAGAGUGUACCAGUUUUUGGGUAAAGAGAUGAAGUGGCUGUGGAAAGGGGAUCUAAGAACCAACACAGUGCACGUUGAAGAUGUUGCGAGAGCAUUGUGGACAGGUGCGGAGUGGUAUUGCAAAACUCCUUCACCACCGAGGAAAGCAGUGCCAAUAUUCAACCUGGUGGAUCAAGGCAAUACUUCGCAAGGUGACAUGGCAAACCUCAUGCACGCCGUCUUCAACAUCGACACUGGCUUCCACGGUACCAUCAUCUCAGCGUUCGCCCGUCUGAAUCUUGAUCACGUAGUCGACGAUGUUAAUGACGAGUUACUCGAUCCCUGGGCAGAUCUCCAGACGAAAGCGAAUAUCAGCCAAUCGACGCCUCUCAGUCCUUUUAUGGAGAAGGAGCUAUUAAAGGACACUGAUCUAAGUCUCGAUGGGACUGCCUUUGUGAAAGAGACAGGAUUCAAGUACAACCACCCGAAACUCACCCAGCAAGAAAUCGAAGCCGUAAUUGAGAGCUACCGAAAGAUGGGAUGGUGGCCGUAA